AUGCGAGAUUUAUUGUCCAAGCCGAAGACUGUUCCACAUGCAGCUGGAGACAGUUCUGUAAACCAUCUAAGCUCUAGUUCAGGAGAGGUUGAUAAUGAAAAGAAAAAGAUUUUAAGUUUUGUGAAUGAUGAUAUCUGUAGUGCUAUAUUGGAUAUAUCUUUCCAACGGAUGGUCAGGAAAGAAAAAGUUCAUCCUGGAACUGUGCUUCCUGUUGGGAUGUUGGAAUUAUGGAGUGAUGAUUUUGAGGGCAAAGGAGAUUUCAGCCAGUAUCGCUCAAGGCUGAAAUAUGGCUUGGAUGGGGCAACAAACACCAACUUUAUUUAG